AUGUCCAAGUCAGAUGCACUUCAACAUAACCUGCAAUUGAUUCAUGAUGAUCGGCAAAGCAGAGGCUGGCAGCUUGAGCCACCAGCCCCAGGCAGUCUAGCCGAAAUGGUUGACUUUGGGUCAAACGACACCUUGUCCUUAUCCUCUUCUGGCCUCUUGGGGAAGGAAUUUCUCAAGGAGCUUGCAAAGCAUCCUAACUUCAUCCUCGGUGGAAGGGCGUCUCGAUGGGGUGAAGGCUCAACUGACUACCUUUUCCAACUGGAAAAGCACAUUGCCGAGUUCCAUAAAGCAGACAGUGCUUUGUUCUUCAAUACUGGCUACGAAGCAAAUGUUGCUGUCUUUUCGACACUCGCGCAGCCGCAUGAUGUCGUGCUUUAUGAUAGCCUUGUCCAUGCAAGCAUCCGAGAAGGAAUCUAUAGGAGCCGUGCAACUGCUCUUCCUUUUGCCCACAACGACCUGGCAAGUCUACGCCAACGUUUGAUGGACAUCAGGAAUCAAUAUGAAGCAGUCAGAACGGGUCUUGCCUUAGUUUUUGUUGCACUGGAGUCUUUCUAUAGCAUGGACGGUGAUGUGGCGCCCGUUAAGGCAGUUAUCAGGGAGGUGAAAGAGCAGCUUCCACUUGGAAAUGCUGUAUUUGUGAUCGACGAGGCACAUUCGACGGGGUUGGUAGGCCCCCAGGGGUCAGGGCUUGUGUCUCAUCUGGGUCUGGAGAAAGACUUCUCUAUCCGAGUUCAUACCUUUGGCAAAGCACAUGGGGCUUCUGGUGCUGUUGUUCUGUCAAGGAGAGAGUGCAAGCAAGUCCUGCUCAGCUGCGUCCGUGGACUCAUUUUCUCCACUGCGCCGACCUUCACCACGCUGGCGGCAGUCAAGGUUGGGUAUAGAAUUUUAGCGAGUAUCGAAGGUGAAAGAAGACGAGAUCUCGUACAGUCGAACAUAAAUAUGUUCUAUAAUGCUGUCAGCGAGCAUGUAUUAUGGAAAAGCUGCCAGCACCUCGGCAUCAUCACUAUCCCGAUGAAGCCAACAACUGAUGGUCCCAAUUCUCCAAUUAUCCCCAUCAUAGCUCCCCACGGCGGAGCAGCAGAUCUGGGACAAUUUCUGAGCAAAGAAAGGAAUCGCGUUCUCGUUGUUCAUUUUCCCGUUGUGCCCAAGGACCAGGAGCGACUUCGGAUCAAUUUGCAUGCAGAUCAUACAUCUGACCAGAUCCUUUCACUCGUCGACCUGAUCAUCAAGUGGACUCAAUCGCGCCGAAAGGUUGGCAUGCCUCUGUCCCAUCUAUAA